AUGAUUGUGGGAAAAAGCUCAAAGAGCAAAAAAUUGGCUGCAAAAGGAAUUGGAAAGAGUAGUCGCAAGCGGAAAGCAUCAGAAGAGAUCUUAAUCGAGGACCACGGGAAUAAAAACCACACCUCUCCUGUAAAACUGGAUGAUGAAGAAAAGCCAUCUCUCAUGGACAUUUCACAGCCAAGUGAUUCCGAUGGAGAAGGAGAUUCAGACAAAGAGGUUGCCUUUUCUACUCGGUCAAAGAAGUUUCCAACAUUACGCUAUGCUUUGCAGUUACAAGUGGCUCUCCGCGAAGGCUUGCUCAAAACGGAUAAACUCAACUACAUCGUGCCUGCAAAGCGACCAAUUAUAAACAGAACGGCCGAAAUGCGUGAAAAAAUUGCGGAGUUUGCAAAAAAGCUGCCUUGGAUUGAAACUGUGGAUGUGACAACAAAAUCAACGCUCACUAAGGAGAUGAUCGACAACGAUUUCGAUCGUGAAAUGCAGUUCUACCUUCAGGCAGAAAAAGCCGUUCAAAUAGCAGUUCCUCGCUUACUCUCCAUGGGAGUGAAAGUGAUCCGACCCCCUGACUAUUAUGCUGAAAUGGCGAAGAGCGAUGGUCACAUGCAAAAGGUGAGAAAGCGGUUGUUGAAAAUCCAGGAGGGUAAGGAGCGUCAGGAAGCAAUACGUAGGAUGCGAGAAGAAAAGAAGUACGCUUCUAAGGUUCAGAAAGAGGUCUUGGAAAAGCGGAGCAGCGAAAAGAAACAGUUGAUGGAAGCUGUCAAGAAGCACAAAAAAGGAAUGAAGCAACAGCUGGAGGACAUGCUUAGCAAUGUUAAAAGGAUGGGACUGGACCAGGAUGACGAAGAUGCCUCAACAUCUGCGAACAAAACGAAGAACUUUGGUGGGAAUAAAGUGGGUCGUGGUUUCGACGCCAAGAAGAAGUGGAAAAGUGAGAAGUUUGGAUACGGUGGAAAGAAGAAAGGCAGUAAAAGGAAUGACAAGGAGAGUUUCGAGAACGUUCACGAAGGAAGAAAAAAGUUCGGUGGUUCAAAGGUUGGGUCAGGCGGCUCUCGCGGC